CUUUAAGUGUUUGGAUUAGCUUAUAUUCUACAAGUUGAUAAGCUCUUUGAAACCAUGAAAUUUUCAUGAGCUUGUAUUAUGGUAAGGGGUAUAAUAUCAUUGUGUGUAUCAUUUGAAGGCAACUGAGUAAAAAAUCAUCUUCUUCAAAUAAGCUUAUUCAAAUAAGCUAAAUAACCAUCUUCCCAUAAGCUUCUUAAAAUUAGCUUAUAUAAGCUAAUAAGCAUAAGCUUAAAAAGAUAAACCAAACACCCAUUAGUGCUUAUUUAUAAAAAUAAACUAAAAAAGCUAUAAGCUUAGAUAAAAAAGCUAGGCCAAACACCCCCCUUAGUUAGUGUUUGGUAUAGAGGACAGAGAAUGAAAUAAAUGUCUGCUUGGUUAAUUGAAUGUGUUUAUCCAUUACACAAGGAAGGUCACUCCCACUAAACAACCGAUAUCAUUCCAAGUAUAGUACUCAUGUGUAUAGUGUUUAGUUAUACAUGAUGGUUUGGUAAGUAAAAAGAUUUCUCACAUUCAUCUAAUUGUUAGUUUUUUUUGCAUUUGAUGGAAAAAAAUUGUUAUCAGUUGAUUUAACCGAAAAAACUACCGUUAUUCUUUUACCUAUAGAUAAAAAAACGUUGUGACAAUGGUGUCUUCUAGUUAUACCAUACCUAUAUAUAAAAAUGAGCUUUGCUUGAUUUGGUGUAUUUUAUGAUCUUUCCCUUCUUUGGAAUUUUGGUGCCUGGUGUCUUGUUAGUUCAAGUAAAUUAAUUUAUGUUGGCCGUUCAAAAAAAAAAUAUUACUUGUUUCGUCUUGAAGACGAUUUUUCAAUCAGAGAACCAGAGAAACCACAUAUUGAAAAAGUGAGAAAUUAAUUUUUGUCACGUGAAUAUUGUUUUUUGAUAUUUUGCAUUUUAUAGAUUUAAACUACUUUCAAAAUUCGUAGAUCUUGAAAACAACCAAAAUAACUUUAAUUUUUCCGAAAUUAAAAUCCGACAGAAAAUAACUUUAUGUAACUUUAUUCAUCUAUUAUCUAUUAUAUAUAAUAAAUGUGUUAAAAUUUGCUGAUGUGGCACAAUAUUAGAGCUUCUUAGAAUGGGUUUAGGCGGGAAAAAUUCGGGUUAUUUUUUUUGACAAUGAAGCCCAGAAUGGAGCUCUUUUACCCAUUUUUUGACCCGCGUAUAUAAGCAUCUAAAAAACCUACAUUUGAAGAAACCCUAGAUCGGCCGCACAAGUUGUUCCUCUCCUAAUCAUGGCGUCCAUCUUCACUUCGUCAUCCCUUCAUCAUCUUCAAUGGCGGCCAGAAACACACUCCUCAAGUACUGGCGUGACACCAGUUCUUCAAUCUUUAUCCGCUCAAAACCCUAGCAUAAUCGUUCUUCAGUAUUGUGCAUACGAAGGUAACGGAGAAGAUGUUCAAACCUUCGCCGCUGGAGAUUCUUCACCACCGGCCGCUGCUAACAGCGGCGGCGCCACCGAAGAGUUCAGUGAUUCCAAGUCACAGGUGGUGGUCAGUCGGUUGCCUCUGAGUAGUCAAAAAAUUGAGGACAUCACCAAUAGAGAAACUUCCUAGGUUGUCAACAUCGGCACUUCAUGAUCUACCUUAUAAGAGAAAGAAGACUAGAAGCGGGUGUAGGGCAUUUAAAACCUCUAUGGUCACCAAAGGAUCACACAAAUUACUCAAGUUUUUCAAGAUACUGACAUUGGUUAAUCAAGAUAAUGACAAAACUGCACUUCAGGUAUAUGUUUUUAUCAAAAUGUGAUGCUAUAAUAUAAAGAGUACAAAAAUAUUGAUGCACCAGUUUGGUUUGUUUAAACUUUAACCUGAUCGUUUCUUAUUAGCCUUGUGAAAGACUUAUAAAUAUAAUUUAGGCGAUAUUGAAUCUCAACUUUAUGGCCCGGCUUUUGAUUUGAUCAUAAUAUUAAUUAUGCUUAAUCCGCUAAUUCGCAAUUACCGGAUUUGUGAUGGUGAGAAACUUUCAGGUGUGUUCUUGUAACAAGAAUCUUUGAUUUCAAAUUAACACGAAUCUUUGUUUCCAUUCAAACAAUUGCUUCUUUGAAGAAAGGUGCAUAUAUUUUGAAGUAUGAUUGAAGAGGAUAGCCUAAACUUUGUCCUUUCAGGUACAAAAACUUUGAUCUGAUUUUCGGUCAAGCAUCAAUGUGGUCAUCGGACUAUAAGUGCGAAGAAAACGAACAAAAAAACAUUCUUUCUUCAUGUUUUUUUGAUAAACUUGGUAGCUUAUAACUGUUGUUUGUUACUACAUUGCACCAAAAAUGUUAGUUGAAUUGUAGCAAUGGUUCAAAAAGACUACAAGUCCACCACAUGGUGGUUAUGUUGAGAAAUUUUCAUAUAUUGUCAUAAAAGAUUUCUAUUUUUUUGGUCGUA